AUGGCUUCAGAAUUACUGGAGGCUCGCGCGCAGGCGACUGUCCAGCUCUACGCAGAUCCACACAACCCGCAUCUUUAUCUCAAUCGCGCCCGUCUCUACGAACACCUCGGGUUCCCCGAUCUCGCCGCCGCCGAUGCCUACCGUGCCCUCUCCUUGCUCGAAUCCGUUAUAGAUCCAGAUGGAUUCGAAUUUCACGCUAAGAAAGUUGUCAGCACCACUGGUACUCAAAUCCACAAGAGCGACGAAAUCGAGAACGAGGAUGAGAAUGAGAAUGAGGACGAAGACGAAGACGAAGAUGAGGAUGAUGGGACGAUUCCCGUUACAGAGGAGGAAUACGAUGCACUCAUCGGCGAUGCCUACGCUGUCCUAGUACGCAGUCUCGUCCGCUGUGGAUGCUAUCGGGAUGCGUACGAGUUCGGCAUCCGGGGUCUAGGACUAUUGCGCGAGUUGGAGAAGGAAAGCUCAUCGGCAACAACGGUCUUGAACGAACAGAUGGAUCAGAUCAAGACCAUUUACAAGUUUCAUGCGGAUGUGCAAGGCGAGAUAGAUCUGAACUCGAUUGACUCUGCCGCUCUCCCGGCGCAGGGUAAGGCCCGCCGAGUCCUAUAUCCGUGGAACGAGCACGAGCCGGACCGUCGCGCGCCAGAGGAAUUGCGCUUCUUGAACGAGAGACUCGCGGAUAUUGCGCCCAAGUGCGAGGUUCGUGCUGUGGCUCUCCCGGCGUUACAUAACUCUGUUACUGGCGAGGACGAGGUCUCUGUGCAGCUUGGCCUCUUCGCGAAGGAGGACAUUGCUGCAAAUGAGAUUAUCCUGCGUGAGUCUUCGCUGCUCACAGCUACCAAUCGUCUUCACGAUGAUUUGUGCGAUGCUUGCAACUCGCCUCUCCCUGACUUGUCUGCCGCCGAACCUCCCGUAGGCUGUGACGGCGGAUGCGCAGAUACAGUGUUCUGUAGCCAAGCGUGCCAUGACAAGGCACAGACUACCUACCACGGUGCUAUAUGUGGUCUGGAAGAUGGCCUUGAGUCUAUCGGUAAAGAUAUACCUGAUCCAAAGGACAAGGCAGACUAUCUGUACUUGCUCCUGCUCGGUCGUGCUUUGGCCAUGUCCGCCACACAGGACGUGGAUGCGCUGGAACUGCCAGAAGUGAAGUAUAUCUGGGGUGAUUUCCAUGAUUUCGAUAUCGAAACUACGAAUGCCGGAGACGACGCUACUCUGCCGUUCUCCUUCCAACUCAAUAUCCUUCAACCAACUCGCUUCCUUGAGGAAAUGGAAAUAGAUCCUUACGCUUCGCUUCCCCGCUACGAUACCUGGGUACUAAAUACCCUGUACGCCAAGUUCCGUGGCACUGCUUCUGGUCGUCUGUCUACGUGGGAUGGAGGUCCGGAGCUUUGUGCAGUGCAUCCGCUCUGGUGCUUGGCGAACCACUCCUGUGAUCCUAAUGUGACUUGGGAGUGGGGUGGUGAGAUUACCUUCCGGUGUCGGAAUAGUGAGGAGACGGCAGUUUGGUCGAGAACGAAGAGUGAUGGAACCAUUGAGAUGAAGCCCCUUAAGGUCGGAGGCAUUGCCAAGGACCAGGAAAUUCUGAAUCAUUACUGUGAUAUUGGAUUGCCGGUUAAGAAACGAAGGGAGUGGGCUUCGGGUGCCUUGGGUGGAAUAUGUCGUUGUGAUCGAUGUGCUUGGGAGGCUGGUGAGACGAACUAA